GGGAGGGCAGCAUGAGGCAUAUAAGAGCUUUGAUCAUUGGGGCGGGAAUGGGAGGAUGCACGUUGUCACUUGCAUUGAGGAAGCUGAAUGAGCAAGUGCAGAGGACAGGCGUCCUGUUCACGAGCACUGUUUUCGAGCAGGCACCUGCCAUUAAGCCCGUUGGUGCAGGGAUUGCAUUAGGGCCGAAUGGCCUGAGCAUACUGGAGAGUCUUGGUCUAUAUCCCAAGGUACAGGUAUUUGGUGGCGAGGUAAGAUCGUUACAAGUGUACAGGGACGACGGACAGAAGCUGCGCGAAUUCGAUCUAUCCUUCAUCGAACGCAAGCAUGGCUAUCCCCUGCUCGUGCUGGAGAGGGCGGAGCUUCAGGCAUUGAUGAUUCACGAGGUGUUGAGACCGACAGUUGGAUCGAGGAAUGCUGAGCGGACGAGGGAUAUCUUAUUCAACAAGAGAUGCGUAGGCGUUGAAGAUCUGGGGCCGAACUUAGGAGUGAGGGCGCAUUUUGCAGACGGAACAACGGAGAAGGGAGACGUCCUCCUAGCAGCAGACGGUCUGAAGUCAGUGAUCAGAGAGCAACUCGUUCAGCAAUCUGGCGACAAAUCCGCCGCCAACGGGCCGCCAUCCCUCUUCACCACCUUCCCCCGGUACUCGGGCAUAUCGUGCGUCUUGGGUGUGACAAAGUCGGUCCCGGAGUCCGUCCAAGGGAACGUGUACUGGAUCUUCGGGCCCGGCAGAGUCUAUGGGACCUGGUCCAUGGGAAAGCAGAAACAGUACUGGUUCCUCGGCGAGAGGGAGGGCUUCCAGCCGACCAACGGCAACAGCAACGGCAACGGUAGCAUCACCGGUGGCGGUUACGGCAAGGGUGGGGCCAACAACGGCAACGGGGCAGGGAGCCAGCUCUGGAGCGACGAUGCGGCACUGAAGGGCAUGGAUCGGAUGUGGAACUGGUUUCAUCCGUACGAUCAUCAUGCCAUGUUUAAUCGGACGACGAGGAUGGUGAAGGUGGGAAUGUUUGAGACGCCAUGGAGGGGGCCGUGGUCGAGGGGAAACAUCGCUUUGGUCGGAGAUGCCGCCCACGCCAUGCUGCCGACUAUCAAUCAAGGGGCGAAUAUGGCUAUUGAAGAUGCGUGUGCAGUCGCAAGAGCACUCGCUUACGAAACGAACAGAUUGUCGGAUGCCCUGAGCAGAUACGAGGAGUUCCGGAAAAAGAGAGUGAGGAGGUUGAUGCAUGUGGCAAGGGUUGUUGGCUUUAUGCAGACAACCGACAACAAUUUUGUCAGGAAAAUGAAUGAGAUUGCAUUCAAGGUUGCUCCCCAGAGCAUUUUUGAAAGGUCCAUGGACUGGAUCAUGAGCUACAAGGACCAUCUUUAAUAAUAAUAGUAGUAGUAGUAGUAAUAGUGGUAGUAGUAGUUUAAGAAUCACAACCUUAUCAUAAUAUAAUCAGUAAAGCAGUAGUACAGUU